UGGCUUCCUGCUGUCUGUCACUAGUCAUCCUUGCCGGCAUGUUUACAUUUCCCCCUGCCUGCGGUCUCUUUAUCAGGCAAUGGGUUUGUUCUGUCAUCUAGUAUAAAGUAACUGAACAAGUGUUUUGUGCACACACGUAGUGCGCACAUGCGGCUAGCUCAGGAUGACACGGACGAGUACUGUAUUGAGCAUUUUCUUCUUGUUUCUUCAUACCGCUUUUGGGGAAAGUGGUUGCACCUCAGCAGAUGGUGACGGGACUUUUGGAGAUGAUGAACCAGAUAAUUUGGACAUCAACUGUUUCAGUCAGCUGGAAUUUAAGGAUUCCUACAGCAGCCUGACUUGCAAUUUUACGGAGCUGCCUCCCUACAACACUAACUAUACCCUGGCUGUGUGUACCAAGGAAGACAGCAAUUAUAUAUGUUCCAAUAUGGAGAAACAGGAAGAUGCGUAUUUCUUACAGUUCACUGAUAUACUCUCAAAUAGAGACAUUUGCAUGGACUCUGAGAUAAAAAGAAAGACCUGCAGGAGUCUGGUUGUAACUGACAUUGUUAAGCCAGAAAUACCAUUUGAUAUAAACAUCACAUACCAAAAGGAGGCAAAUGAAUAUCUUAUUCAUUAUAGUACACCACACUCAUGGAAGAAAUACUUAAAGGACAAAUUAAUACACCAAAUAGCCUACCGUCAGGAAGAAGGAAUUUGGAAAACAAUAGAGUCUCCAUACCUGCAGGUAAAAUUACUGGGGAAAAAUCUUGAAAAAGAUGCAUCAUAUGAAGUGAAAGUCCGUUCAAAGCCCAAUGGAGAUUAUUUUAAGGGCACAUGGAGUGAAUGGAGCACUUCCAAGAGCUUCAGAACGGCCGGGGAACACUCCACGGAAAAAGACACUGACAUGGUCAUGAUUAUACUCUCCAUCCUGGGAUUCAUUUUGUCCGUUGUCAUGAUUGUCCUGAUCCUAACUUUUUGGGAAAACAGGAUCAAGCCCGCUGUGUGGCCAAACCUUCCUGAUCAUAAAAGAACCCUGGAGCAACUGUGCAAGAAACCAAAAAACAAUUUUGAUACAAGCUUUAACCCAGAGAGUUUUGGUUAUGUUCAUAUCCAUAAAGUGGACGGCAUUCAAGCAAAAGCUGAAAUGGAAAGUUUUCUGCAGCCACCAGCUUCUCCACAGGCAAAUAUUCCAGAAAAAUUUAAGAGUGGAUCAAACCUGAAGAUGAGCCCUGGUAGGAUAAAUAAAAGCAACCUAGACCUGCCUGUGACUUACGGGGGAAUCUGGCCAGAUGAAGCUUUGAAUGGACUCUUGGAUAAAAGCCAAUAUCCGAUCACUGAAGAAUUUAGCAGCUCUAGCACGUACGAAGUCUGCAGCGGCAAUGGGACACCCCUGUAUAAUGACGGUCCUGGCCUCCAUUGCGCUCCUCCCUCGUACCCCUCAGGCCAGCCCAGACCAGAGCCCCUGAAUGCUGACACGGUAUCCCAUAUGCAGCCUAACAGUGAAAUUAGGUCACCAAAUAAUGAAGACGCAUAUGUCACAAUGUCCAGCUUUUGCAAAAAUCAGUAAGCCUUAAAAAAACAACAGAAUAUUGUUUUCCUGUAACACAAGCAGGCUACUUUCCUGCCUGCUGCAUCAGACAAUAGCACACCUCUGUGGUGCACCUUUCUCACAGUGCAAUGCUACACUUACAAGGAAGAGGGUUCGUCUACAUUUCAGCGAUCUGCCUAACCUUCGUUCUCAGUAUGCCAGUAACAAUCUCCACUGCAACAGAAAUGAAAUUUAAUUCACCCUGACUUUAAUUUUCAGAUCUGAUUCAUCCAGGACAAUAACAUUGCACUUCUAGCUGAAAAUCAUAGUGUGCGUCUCAUAAACGUUGGUGAACUCUUCUGUUGACCUCUUGGUUGCAGAGUUAAGCUCUUAUUGAUGCCUAAGCAAGAAGCAUGGCAACACAUUCAAAUAAAAUAGAAUCCAAUCUCUUUUAAGCUGGGGUAGGUCAAGAGUAACUCAGCUACAGUUGGAGGAACUCCAGGAGUUUGUCAAACCCGAGUAAAUGAGAGUUACUAUCAAGCAUUAAUUGUCUGGGGAUUCAGGCGUUUGAUCACUGUGAAGGGAGCUGGCUGAGUCCCCAGGAAAAAGGGCGCAUGAAAUCACUUUACUAAGACAUUUUCUCAGACUGAUUUUUUUCGGAGAGACAACAACAAAGUAAAACCCCACAUAUAGCCACUUUUUGCUGCUGGUGAAGAUCUGCACCUGAGGCGAUUUUAGGAUCUUUAGGUACCUGUGCUAUAUAUUAAAGAUAUUCAGUAUUUCAUUACUACCAUUUUUUAAUUAAGAAAAUGGAACAAAAUCAAUGAAAAGCGAAGUCUCAGCUCUUCCUGUAAACUGGAUUGGGCCUGUAAAAUGCAUGACACUGCCUUUCUCUGCAGCCCUUGUACACGCAUUAGUGCAGCAUGCGAGUACUUUCCAGGACAGAAAGACUGAGCUAGCGUGUUUGUUCACUAGCAUUAUUAUUCCCAACGGCUGCGGCUGCAUGAGAAUACAUUGAACUUGGUCAGAUGUUUUUCUCAUGCAAGAUCUGACCUAGAAAGAGUGAUGGAGCUUCAUGGAUCCUGCCAGUGGUUGGAAGAGCUAUAUUGAAAGGAAAAAAAGAAAAAAGCCAAGUACCUUGUAAGGAUAAUGUAAAAAAAUUUUUAAUGUUGUUACGGAGGAAGGCACCUUUUCUGCACUCUGUACUUGGCUCCAUGGGGCUUCACCACAUGCUGCCACACAGAGGGCUGCGUCACUUUGCAGUCCUUCUGGGAUGCUACGCAUUGCGAAGCACACGCUUGGAGAUAAAGCUGCUAUAGCCACAGGGUUGCAUGACAGCCGAAAGGAGUGUGGCCACGGGAAAUCCAAGCCGCUUUGCUAUGCCCUGGGAUUGGAGUUCACCUCCCUCUGACGUAUCAGUCCCUCUAGCUGCUUUAAAUUCUCCUUUAUCGAAACAUACGCACGUUCCCACCGUCAUACAGGGUAUAAAGAGACUUCUCAUCCUCAGAGCUGCUCUAACUUGUUCUGACUGGUAAUAACCACUAAGAAGUCGUUAUAUAUGACAUGGAUUGCUUCAGAAAAACAGCACUCCCAAGAUGGUAUUUUACUUUCUCCAGAUCCACCCGAUGUUAUGGGAACCUUCAACCAGGGCCCACUUUAUGGUCUCUGUGUGCAAAGGACCCAAGGAUUUGGCUCAUGGCAUUCCAGUGACCUUUUACAGAACUGUUUUUAUUGCUGUUUCUCACAGAAUGGCACAUUGAUUAAUGCAACAGAAAAAGAUGAAAGCCUUGAACAUUCAUUUGCUUUGUAAUGCUUGUAUUUCAUUUAAAAAAAUAGCUGCUAGUAAUGCUUGUACUAUGAAGACUUGCACAGUGCAACUGUAGAUGCAGACAGAUUGUGUUGGAAAGAUAGCCUGUUCUGGUAAUUCAGUGACAGAUAAGAAGGAAAUAGAGGAAGAAGCAAAAGCACAUCAGAAAAAUCCUAUACAGUAUGUGCUAUGCUUAUUUUGAACUCAUAUAUACAUUUUAAAAGGUUAAAAGGGAUUUCACAAACAUCUGUUUGCACUAUUUAAACAGCAAGGUACCUGUAAGUAAUGGCCCUUCUGUUUGUCCAGAAAGGCAUGUAGGUCUUUAAUGCAGGAAGAGUAUUAUAAACCUGAUGUUUAUUUACUUUAAUUACUCUGGAAUAGUCGUAUUUUUUCUAUGUGGUAGUCAUAUUUUUGCAUAGCUGCUAAUGUUUAAACAUUCAUUCUAUUUCCUAAGUCUUAUUUAAUUAGAUAAAAUGUAUCCUUGGUUUUAUGAUGUUUUACCGUAUUAAAAGGACAUGGCUAUUUGCACCACGUA